GAGGGUACAAGCGCGAAUUUUGAGCUUCUAAUCAAUGCUGCACAUGAAAUAAUUACCACCGGCGAGGUCGUUUCACCUAUGAUCAAUCUUCCAAAAUGGUUGCAGAAAAUUAUUUGCAAAGACAUUUUUUUGCACCACGAAAAAAAGAAGUGUGCUUACGAUGUGAUUCACAAAUACACCAACGACCGUAUAAAGGAACGACAUGAAAACUUUAACUCGAAUCUUAUUAGGGAUUACGCUGAUGUGCACCUGAACUUGAAAAGUGAAACUCCCUCACGAGAUAAUUAUCAAGUGAACAGCAGCUUUGAGCUCAUGACCACAAUUUUCGCAACCGGAGUCGUUUCGAUUUCUAACGCCCUCAUGUGGACGAUUUUAUAUAUGCAAGAGUACCCGGAUGUCCAGAACAAGUGUCGAGAUGUGUUAAAUGAGAUAUGCGGGCAUAGUAAUGUAUAUUGGUCUGAUAGGAAAAAUGUGCCUUAUAUUGAAGCAGUUAUAAUGGAGAUCAAUCGAUUAUCAUCAAACGUUCCAUUCACCGUUUCGCAUACGAGUGAAAAGGAAACCACACUGCUUGGCUUCACUAUUCCAAAGAAAAGCGUUAUACGAGCCAAUCUGUACUCCGCCCAUAUGGACCCGAGAUACUGGGAGGAGCCUCACGUGUUUAACCCGGACCGGUUUCUAAAGGAUGAGAAGUUGAUACGAAAUCCGGCAUAUAUGCCAUUUGGAAUAGGACCACGUAAAUGCGUCGCGCACAGAAUGUCCGAGUUGAUUCAGUUUGUAACAUUUUCUAAUUUGGUUCGACGCGUCUCGUUUGAAAGAGAAGAUCCUAACGAAACACAUACUUUCCAGCUAGUAUACGAACAAGUCACUUCGCGACCAAUUCCUUUUAAGACGAUAUCUACAGUGCUUUAAUAUCGCCUUGAAGUGGACAUUAAUGGCGUAUUAGUUAGGCCUUUUAACAUUUAAAGUGUAUGCUUUGGUUGUCGUUUGGACGUAAUUCAUAUUGGUAUCGGUUUGUUUUAUUUUUAUUCACAGUUAACUUCGAUUUUAUAUUUUGAUCAACAUGAAAUAAAAUAUCUAGUGUGUUA